AUGGAAGGCGUAUGCGGCCCGGCACGGGUGCGGGUGCUGGUGGUACCGGCAAGCGAUGGGUGGCGGCGCGGGGAGUUUCUAGGGUACGUUGAGCGGCUGCGCGAGAGCCCAGAGGUGCGACUGGUGGACAUUACGCCGAUAGCAGACUCGAUGUUCAACCCGCAAGGGUUUCCGCAGGGCAAACUGCUGUUCGAGAUUGAGGUGGAGGCCAAGGAUGAAAGCUCGAUGCUGUUUCUGUACGACUUCGAGCCCUACCGCAAGACGUUUGUGGUGGUCGGGCUGUGCCAGGGAACGGCGGGGGCGGAGGCGGCCGGACGGCUGGCGAAGCUGGAAGCGAAGUUCCCGCACUGCAUUGGGCACUGCCUGAUCUACCAGACUGCGGGGGCGGCGAACGAGCGGGUGCUGGGGUUCGGCGCGUCGUCGGAGACGCUGAUGUGCGACGUGGGGCGGUGUUUUCUGCGGGCGCUGCACACGUACUACCUGUCGUACAAGCAUGUGACGCUGCGAUCGCCGGGCGCGGUGGGGGGCAACGCGGUGCUGAAGACGACGUUUAUGUGCCGGCCGGCGGGGCCGAACGCGAAGCGGCUGUCCGCGACGCUGGAGAACGGCACGGGCAGCAAGAAGGGGUCGCUGAAGGGCGCGAAGGUGGCGGCGCCGGACCGGUCGCAGCAGCGUGCGAAGGGGCGGCAGCUGAAGAUCCUGGCCAACUUCCAGCUGUUGGCCGGACAGUACAUGAGCGCGCUGGCGAACUUCUCCGAGGCCGCACACACGGCGCACAAGGUGCGGGACCACUUGUGGCUGGGCAGCGCGCUGGAGGGCGUGUUCAUCUCGAUGAUCCUACUAUCGUACCUGGCGGUGCCGUUCCAGAUCCCGGCUGUGGUCGUGCAGCUGUGCCCGCCGAAGUCAUAUGUAGUCGCCUCCGCCUCGUCGUCGCAGCGCAGCUCGAGCUCGUCGAUCAGCGGCAGCCCGAACUCCGGGGCAAACGGCGCCUUUCAGUCGCCGCGGCCGUCGAUGAGCGGGCCGAACGCGCCGGUGCUGCACUCGAACGAGGUGCUGCUGGGUAAUCUGCUGAAGUGUCUGAACGAGCGUGUUCUACACUAUUACGAGCUGUCUCUGACCCAGAGCGUUGAGUACACGCCGCAGGUCGUCUAUUGCCAGUCGCUGCUCCGCAUGCUGCAGUUCAUGUCGGAGUGUCACAAGAGCAACUCGCUGGGUGAGCCUGCCCUGAGAUCAAUGGUGCUCGGGGUCACACAUGAGCCUGAGGCUCCCGCCGACACCAUGGAGCCGAUUCUUUUCUCAAAGAUGGAGAUUUACCAACUCUCCAAUCGUUUUUUUGAGCUGCAGCUGAAGGACCUCGAUCUCAUUACACAGGUUAGAUUUUACAUCACACUAGCGUCUGUUUACGGAAACCUAUCGCUGGAGAGGAAGCGUGCUUUCGUACUGCGCAUUUUAUUCGUAUCUCUGCUCCCGAACAUUGAAGCACUUCCGUGGCGUGAUGAGUACGAUAAUUUGAUGGAGGAGCUGCUGCGGACCUACGGCAUCGCGUCCUGGGAGCCAGAGAACAAAAUACAAGACGCACUUUCAGUUCAUUGGGUCACCCUGCAGAAAAACGUUCUCAUCUUACUCAUUAACAUAGUGAAGAAGGCUGGAAGAGCACGGAAGGUCCUCAAGUUUUCCCGGUGGGCAAUCACUAGGUACAGCCAUAUUCUCACGCAUACCGAGCAGACUCGCUUAUUCAAAGACUUCCUACUACCUGCUGCGCAACAACACCCCGAAGAAUUUGAAUACUGUGAUCCUUUCCUCCUGCGGAAUAUCUCAUUGUUGAAGCUCGAGCACCAUAGGCAGGUACCCACGGUAGAACACCUCGAAAUUGCCUCUAAUUCAGAGAAUAAAGGAGAAAUAUUCAACCCUUUCAAAUACAAUGAUGUUGCGGCACCAGAGGCGUCGAAUGAUGAUAUAGAAAACUUUAUGGUUUCCGAAAGAGCGGAAUUUAUAUGCUCAUUCCAAAACCCAUUCAACUACGAUCUGGACAUUACCUCCCUUUCGCUAUGUCAGGAAGACGUAAAGUACUUGAGAAUCUGUGGAAACCAAGUUUCCAGCGAAGCGCCAUUCAUUGUUAAGGCGCACAGCAUGCGGGCGCUUCAUCUCACCGUGGAAUUUCUGCAGGAUACCCCAGGUCACAAACUGCGGGCGCUGAAUAUAGGCUUGUUCAAGCUACCUGCCAGGAAAUACCCCAUUUGUAACUCGGAACAAAAAUCGGUGUUCGCUUCUAGCAGAGCAGUUUUGGGGGAAUGCAAGCUCGUGAUAAUCGAAGACCAGCCUCAGCUGGAUUUCCUCUCCUCUGAUCUUCCACGUGCAUCGUGUAUGCUGCUGACAGGUGUGAAGAAACGCUUACAAUGUAAAGUGCACAAUACGUCGCUCUCCAAGACAGCCAACUACUUUCGCUUCUGCAUAAACACAAAUGUAAGCUCGCAGCUGAAGGAUGACUACUGGCGUACGAUCGCCGCGGACGACCUAUACGAUAUGGAGUUGCAGUUGGAGCAGCUAAAAGAAAAAUGCAUCAAGGUCACGAACUUUCCAGACGAAAUUAAACCUAAUGAAGUGGUCCUAUUCGAUCUCGAGAUCGACAGCACCUGUGCGCCGCUGCACCUAGAUCACUUUGAUCUAGUUAUCAACUAUGGUAACAACCACAGCGGAAACAACGCCGUUUAUGUCAGAAAGUUAGUCAUACCUUUCAACGUUACCCUUAAGAGGAGUGUGGAGGUCACAAACAUGGAAAUAGUUCAAAUACACGAAGAAUUGCCCAGCACAGUGGAUGUUGAUUGGAUUAACUACAUCAGAGCACAGAUGCGCGAGCAACAGCUGUCAUUUUCUGCCUUUGCGCUGAUGCUGCUCGACAUUAGAAAUUCUUGGACCAGCAAGGUCGUUCUAGAACUGGGAUACGACGAUUUCAGUGCCUCUCCACACGAGAUUGGCUCCUGUCAGACUAUCCGCAUCAUAGUACCGAUCAAAAAGCUCCGCGGCAACUCGGACCUCAGUGAUCGGCCGAUCCCGUCCAUCGUUCGCGGCCGCCAGUUCGUCCACAGCGGGCUCUCUGACGACCAACUGCACGACCUCCAGACCCACUUCUGGUGCCGUGAGCACCUCUUGUCGAAGCUUCACUGCACCUGGAAGGGAAGUUCGUUCGCCGGUACGGUCAACUUCCGUCUAUUCAUGCCGAAACUGUCCAACAACGCGAUCGCUGUCAUGUACCGUAGCAAAAAGACGCCAUACACGUUGGAAUUACGCACGUCCGAUCCCCAUGUCUCUGUCUGCGAAGAGGUCACCAUAACGGCAACUAUAGACGCAUCCCUCGAGCACGACAGCACUUCGACUGUCUUUGUACAGUUCCAGUUUUUCGAACGACGGACCGGCAAGCAAAUACCCAAUUCGAACAAGCAACUGCUGUACAACGGAACGCUGAUGAAUUCAAUCGAUCUGCGCACUCAGCAGGAGCUAACUCUCAAGGUCCUGCCCAUUGAAUCCGGGGAUUACGAGUUUCAUGGCUCGAUCGUGGGCACUGACGCUGCAGCGUACUCGCUUGUCCACGUGACCUGA